ACGUCAUAUCGUGUGAGCUUAUGCAUAUUUGCAGUCUGACACAUGGCUGUGGGGAAGUGGGUUGUAGUUUAAAGGGUCGAUCAGCGUUUGUAACUUCAUUGUGAUAUUACACUUGUGAAAAUGGGAGCUUCUGUGUCAAGAACGGAAUUUGAGUGGUCUUAUACACAGGAGCCUCAUGCAACGCGGAGGAAAGAAAUGCUGAAGAAGUACCCGGAAAUGAAGAAGCUGAUGGGCCACGAGCCGAGUACCAAGUACAUCGUAGUGGCCGCCGUGGCCUUCCAGAUGUUCAUGGCGUACAUGAUCCGCGACGCCAGCUGGGUGACCGUCCUUGCCCUCGCCUACUGCCUAGGGGGAACCAUCAACCACUCAAUGUCUCUCGCCAUUCACGAGAUCUCACACAAUCUCGCCUUCGGGCACGCGUACCCGCUAGCGAACCGAAUACUCGGCUUCAUUGCCAACAUACCGCUUGGAAUACCUGUCUCGAUUAGUUUCCGGAAGUACCAUCUCGAGCACCACCGCUACCAGGGCGACAAUGAAAAGGAUGUGGACAUUCCCACCGACCUUGAAGGCAAACUUUUCGUUAACACGUUCACCAAAUUCAUCUGGGUACUGUUGCAACCGUUCUUCUACGCUAUACGACCGUUCUUCGUCAGACCAAAGGCACUGCAACCCCUGGAAGUGAUAAAUCUAAUUCUCCAGUUGACCAUAGACUACAUGGUGGUGUGCUACUGGGGCCCAAAGUCCCUCGUGUACAUGACGGCCGGAACCCUGAUGGCGACCGGCCUUCACCCGAUGGCGGGACACUUCAUCUCUGAACACUACAUGUUCAACAAGGGCUACGAGACCUACUCGUACUACGGGCCGCUCAACUAUCUCACCUUCAACGUAGGCUACCACAACGAGCACCAUGACUUCCCUAGCAUACCAGGCACUCGGUUACCGCAGGUUCGCAAAAUUGCGCCCGAAUAUUACGACAACCUGCCGUACCACACCUCGUGGGUCAAGGUAAUUUGGGACUUCAUCUUCGAUCCCGCCAUCGGGCCAUAUGCCCGCGUCAAGAGGCGCCCUAUCCCCAUAAACCCCUCCGAGGAAAUCGAGGGGGCGGGAGACCAGGAAGUUAUCAACAAGGCGGAAAGCAAUGGCAUGCAUAGCAACGGGGUUCAUAGCAACGGGGUGCAUAACAACGGGGCAAUAAGCAACGGAGUGUCCAAUGGUUUCCAUGUCAGCAAAAAAGAUGAUUAAAUUGAGUGAGACCACUAAGUUCAGGCCUUAAGUUAGUGUUAACUUUAUACAAAUACUAGUAAUAGUCAUGCAUGAUAAUUGAUUUGUGCAUAUAUAAUCUUUUUUUUUCUGUUAAUACAAAUGUUUCUUACAACUUGGUCACUCUUGUUUGCAACUGUUCAUAUGUAAAUGCAUCUUUUUUACUCCUACUGAUUUGCAUUUUAUUUCACUUUUAAAUAAACUGUUAGUUGAUUUAUUUAUUUUAUAAUUUUUGAUUGAUUGAUUGUUAUUAAUGGAUUUAUUCAUUAAUGUCAAUCAAUACCUUCAAAGUCAUUAAAACUAAUUCUUUAAGUAUUACAUAUUUAUUUUGUUGUUUUAAAAGUAAUUAUUUAAGAAUUUAUUUUGUUGUUCAUAUUGUAGGCAAAUAUUUUAAUUAUCUUAAUAUAUAUAUUUUUUAUGAGGUAAAUGCAUUUUAUGUAAACUUAGCAAUAUAAAUAUCCAAAUUUCUGAUUUCACGAUGUAUUGUAUAAAGAUACAUUUCCAAUAAAUGGUCAGUAUCAUAGCUAUUUCACCAAAAGGGACUAUUAUAUGUUUAUCUUUUCAUCCUUCAUGUCUUUCUGUCUGUCCGUCAGUCAGUCCUGCGAUUUAUGUAAACUGUAUGAAACUUCUAUGAGGAAACUUGAUAUAUCAUUUAACACGAAAAUGUCAGACCCCUUUUAUCACCAGAGGUUUUGAAGUCAGGUCACUAUUAAUAAAAAUAGACGGAAUUGUAAUGACUCAAAGUACUAUGAAAUGAUGAAACCUUAUAUGCACCUUUUUGUUAUAGGUUUUCUGUGUGUCUGUCUGUCACUUUUGUUAAUCCGUCCUCAAAGCAAUGUUACGUUAAUAUGCACGACCUAUUUUUCACCUGAGGUCAAAUGUAUGUUGCAUUUUUCUGCUAAUUGACAUUGGAUUUUAUUACAAUACAUACCCUUAAAUGAGUUUUCAGCAGAGGUUAAAAGUCAGGUCGCUAUUAAUAAAAAAAGACGAAAUUUUAAUGACUCAAAGUACUACGAAAUAAUAAAACUUAAUAUACAUAUUAUUAUUAAGUUACAGGUUUUCUUUAUGUCUGUUUGUUACUCAUUCCUCUGUUAAUCCGUCAGUCUUUCUGUACAUCCUAAAACUCGAUAUACACACAUCAAAAGCAACGUAAAGGUAAUAUGAAGUGCUUUUUUAGAUAAGGUCAGAUGUUUGUUGAAUUUUUCUGAUAAUUGACAGUGAAUUUGAUUUGGAAACGUACCGUAAAAUGCGUACAGAUUAAGGGUGUUAUACAGGUUAUGUACUUAUUUAACCCUUUGCAUGCUGGGAAAUUUGUCGUCUGCUAAAAUGUCAUCUGUUGAAUUUCUAAAAUUAGCAUUUUCUUCGAUUUUUUUUCAAAGAAUACUAUCAGAAAAGCAAACAGUUUGGUUCCAGAUGAGACGCCACGUUCUGUGGCGUCUCAUCUGGAUCCAAACUGUUUGCAAAGGCCUUUAAAAUUCGGUUCCCGCACUGAAAGAGUUAAGCGGUAGAGCCUUUCACACUACCGGUAGGGGACUGGUGUGUUUGGUGCAAUACAGUGAAAGCCUUGUUUGAAUUUAUUUUGUGAGGAUUCAAGUAUUAAUUUAUGCUUUGGUAAGAGAAAACCAUGUAUUGAACCUGUCUUGAACAAAUUCAUGGGUUAUGGAAAAGUAUAUUUAUCAAGCGUGGGUUCUUAUGGCAUCACCAAAGAUUGUUCAGAUGUUGUUUUACAGUAUUUGUUUUACAGUAUUUGUGAUCUUCCAUGAAGAACAAGUCAGUGUAGAAAGUCAUUGCACUAUUUAGAUCUUGAGCACAGUUAGUGUAGCAGUGUGUGGUCACUGUGGGAUUGAAUGGUUGAUUGCUCAUGUACAGCUCAGUAUGUUGUUGUUGUAUUAGCUCCUCUGAGCGCAUUAUGUUCACUGGAAGCUGUAAGGAUAAUGUGAUGUCAGUCAUCAGUCAGUGCGUGUGUGGGUGGGUGAGGUAGAAGUUUUUUUUUCAAACAACCUCUUUUCCUAAACCUCUGGUCAGAUUUGAGUCUGUUCUGAGAAAACUGGGCAUAAUGCAUGUGCGUUAAGUGUCGUCCCAGAUUAGCCUGUGCAGUUUGCACAGGCUAAUAAGGGACGAAACUGUGCCUAAAAUGGAUUUUUGCUACGAAGAGACUUCAUCUACAAUUGCGCAAAAUUCUAUUUUUUCACAAUCAUCAUUUAACUUGCUGAGAACGCCUUUUAAUGAUUUCUCUGCUGAUUGUUGAAAUUGUAACUUAAACUUGACAAAAGUUGCCCAGGACAGUUCUGUUCCUUUGGUUUACAGGUCAGCGAUCUAGGGCCUUUGACUAUCUUGUUUUGAUUUAAUGUUGAAUAUAAAACAAUUAAUGUAAGUAUUGUUUGAAGUGCUAAGUGUUCAAAAUCAUUAGUUGUAGAUGUACUAAAGUAAUGGUUGAAGAAAAAUCAUAAUUCAUGCUUGUACUGUAGCCAAACUAACUCUCGUUGUAUGUUUUAUUUAAUCUCUGUUAAUAUUUAAUCGCCAAAACACUUGCCAAUUUCUUGGGGGUUUUUAUGGAAAAAAAUCAAUGACUCUUUAGAUUUAUAUCAAUCCGCUCUUUACAUUUCAUUUAUCUCAUAAAACAUCUUGUGUGGAGUGUUCUCGACAGCCUUGAGCGAAUUUUGCAGUGCUCAUUGGAAUUUUAUGUCGAAGCUUUUCAUGCUAUACACAGUCUAACCGAUUUGAUAUAUGUUACAAUUCUCUUUAGUGUAGACACAUGUCUUGGUAACAAAUAUAUCUUGUUUGCCGAAAUUAUUUACUUCCUUAACUAUUGCAUGAUAAACAGAUUUCGUCUUAAAUGUUGACGACUGUCUACUAAGUAUGUUGUCGACAUUUGUAUGUUUUGUAAACGAUUUUCGAUGUAUACGACCACUGUUUAUGUGGUGAACAAUUGGUUUUUUUUGGUUGUAGACGAGAAUAUUUUGUUGUUAACCAGGUUUUCCGAAGGAAAAAACUGGUUAUUAGAUUGGCGAAUGCGGGCGGGCUGGCUGGCGGGCUGGCGGGCUGGCUGGCGGGCGGGCGGAACAAGCUUGUCCGGGCCAUAACUAUGUCGUUCAUUGUCAGAUUUUAAAAUCAUUUGGCACAUUUGUUCACCAUCAUUGGACGGUGUGUCGCGCGAAAUAAUUACGUCGAUAUCUCCAAGGUCAAGGUCACACUUUGAGUUCAAAGGUCAAAAAU